CGCGGAGGCGGUUCGCCGGUCAGUCGUGCCGCGACCACGGAGCGGUGAUAUUGCGUGGUGUUUCAUUUUUUACGCGAUUCUUCACGGAGAAAAGAUAUUUACAGAGAGAGUUUUUCAUCCUGUAGCAAGCCACCGCAGGAAGACGUAUGCGUUUGUUUUGACGUUUUGCGUAAAAGAGAGUGUGAGUGCGUGCGGGCGUGCGGGCGGGUGUGCGUGCGUGCGUGCGUGCGUGAGUGUGUGCUUGUGUGCGUGUGUGCGUGUGCGGGAGGGAGAGGGAGAGACGAAUGUAAAAAAGAAGAUCCGGGAAAUUCAUUCGCGUGGAAUUGUACACCUCUCUCACGUACGUUACGUACGUACGUACGUACGUGCGUACGUACGUCCGGCCAUUCGGUAGUACAUAUAAGCGGCAAAUGAAAAGUGCGACGAUCGUAAACAAAAGCAUUGACUCCUAUAUAAUACGAUAUAGUGUUGUAUGAACGGAUUUGGAAUAAAGAGGAAGGAAAAGGCAAGUCGAUCGACAGCGAGUGAGCGAAAAGAAAGUAGAAGAGGCUGUACGACGCGUUUCGUCGCUGGACGAAACGGUCAGAUCUGGAUCUGGCGCGUUUUGCCGGUGCGCCACGCCGCGGGCUCUCUCUCUCUCGCUCUCGCUCUCUCUCCCUCUCCCCCUUUCUCUCUGCAAGUAACAGUACUUCCUCGCGCUCCAUGGAGUAAGCCUCUCUCCGAAGAACGGGACCCAACGCUGCCGUGUCCGCUCACCAUACACACUCCUCUCGUCGUGCCUCCCUCUCGGCUCCGUCUCGUCUCUCUCUCACGAGUCCCUUGUGUGGUGCCUCCCUCGCGCCUCCCUCGCGGUCGCAACGAAGCAGUCCGGCUGGUCGGGUCGAGAGGUUUCACGUAAAACCAGUCCUCUACCCUUUCCUUCCCCCCCCCCCCCCCCCUCCCGCCGCCACCACCACUACCCUGUUUCUCCUUCGAACGGAUCGCGAGUUACUCCCUCCUUUACCGACACGAGGAGGACCUUUCGUCAACUGGCACCUGCCGACCGACUCCUCGAACCUUGUCUUCCUUUCGAUCGUCUUACAAUAAGACCUUUUCUAUUUCUUAUCGAUUUCUUCUCCGUUUAGAAUUAUACGAGAUUCAUGCGAGUAUCGAACGACUUGUCAACGACUAUCGAAACGUUCCUCGUUUAUCCAUAAUCGUAAAGAAAAAUACGUAUAUUUGUCGAGUAUCACGGAUAUAGAUAGAUUUUAUUAGAUCGAGAAAAGAGAGUGCUCUCUUUGUUUUCAAGAGCAGCGUCAUGAAUGUAACGCGACUUUGUCACACGGCUUUACGCAUUUCCAAACGAGAGUGAGAAAAAGGAUCGAAGGGAUUGAGACUAAAGGGCUGGGGGACGGUGUGGGGGGAGGAAAGCGCUUGGGACGUGUAGAAAAUGAGCGAGAGACGAGUUUAGUAGAGCCGUUGUUAACAACAACGAGAACGGCACGAGUAGAGUGUAAAAAGGGGCAGGAGGGGGGGUGCCCUGUGUAUGCUCGUCCGUCGGCCGAGCGGAGAAGGCGGCAUAAGCGUAAGCGAGUUUGCCAAGGAGAGAAAGGAGGGAAGUUUACGCGGCCACUUUUGCGGCCAUAACUAACCUCCUCGAGUGGCUCACGAAGCUUUCUCAUUGUCAGUCGGGGCUAGCGCAAAGUUCGAAGGAACGUGCGCGCGUUUCCCACCCACUUUUCAAAUGACCGCGAAGAGAGAUAUGGAUGUCCAUUGCAUCGGUGCGUGAAACUGAUAUUGUUUUCAUCCUUUCUCGAAAGGCAAUCGAUAUUUGUGCGCUUCAUCGAAUAUAUACCGGACGCGACUGCUGCUCGUAGGCAACAAGGGGCACGAUCCUUUGUCAUCGUUUGUUUUCAUUCGUUCGUUAGAAAACUGUGCACGCGCCGAUCCAGCCCCGUUAGAUCGAGGAAAGUGAUACUGCUCGCGAGUGAAACAGGAGUAGAGACGCCUUUCCGGCCUUUCUUUUUCUCUCUCCGUCUUUCUCAAAAAGUGAUCGAUCAGUGGCGGGAAGCGGCGAGAAGACGUGAAGAAGAACCUUUUCAAGGACUACAGAAACUCCUAUUUAUCAGGGAGAGAGAGGGAGAGAGAGGGGGAGAGAGAGAGAGAGAGAGAGAGAGGAAUAGUUUGACGAGCCAUGAAGACCAUAAGGGCAAGUAAUUUCAGGUAACGAAGAAAGACUGAUCUUUUAAGCAGUCUUCUUCCCGUUGAAACUGUUACGACAAUCUGACAACAUCAUUCGUCCCUGGAUGGAUCUUUUCGAUUCUACUAAGAGCCCAAUAGAGCGGUGCAGUUUCGACGAAACAUCGAUGGACAGCUACCCGUUGGUGACGGUAACGGAAGAUAGGGUAAACGAUUUUUCAGAGGAAGUGGUAAAAGAAGGAAAUGAUGUGGAAGUGACAUCAUUGGAGGAAGCGAAAUCAGUGAUAGCAGCGCUUAGGGCGAAACAGAGGGCACAGGCACAUCAAAUGCUAGCUUGGCGGAGGACGCUUAAAUUGCAGGAGGAGCUUGUGGCACGACUAACGAGAGAGAAGGCCGAACAAUUAUGCACAUUGUCUUCGCAACUAUUUCUCUUCGAAUCGCGACUUUGUCGGAAGCAGAAAGAAAUCGAGGCGAGCCUGGUGCAACGGGAAUCGAUUAUUCUCAGGCAACAAAGAGUGAUACGGCAAUUGCAAAGUAGACUGGCGGAAAGGAGUGGUACAGGUACGAGAGACUCUCCUCCAUGCGAUGCUCUCGACAGACUGGACAGUCUCGGAGACAGCGACAGCGCCGUCGUACUCGAGGAGGCCGCGGACGACCCGGCACCACCGAGAUUUCGUUCGAACAUCACGGACGUAACAGUUAUACGAUCGGUAUCGGAUGCGGUCGAGCCGUCGAGCAAGUAUUCAUCGAUGCGAAGAUGCAAUGGUUUUCUACGUAGACCGGAAAUCUUGGAAACCGUGUAUUCGGUAGAAGAGGAUGGCGAUAGUGAAAGCAACCAGGAACCAUCCGAAUCUACGGAAAAUUACGAGUGCGAUGAGAGGCGGACGAAGAACUUUGGAAAUGGGAAGGGCAGACUGCAAGAGCUUUACGGUAGCUUCGAGAGACUGGCACAGGAAGCUGAUUCUCUGGAAAGUGAAAGACCGAGAGACGAGAGCCAACAAGCUCAGGUGACGUACAAUAGAGUAAUGAGUAAUCACAGGUCGGUGACAAAGCCAAAAGACGUAAAAUAUAAGAGGAUAAAUAAGGCAAAAUCAAAGAGUUUGGAGGAGCUCAGAGGAAGACUAAGAAAUUGGGUAGAGAAAGGAAAUAAAAUAGCUAUAUCAUUAGAUCAAUCCUACGCUUGAACUUGUUCCAUGAAAGUAUUUAAAUUAUUUUUCCGAAGAUUUAUAAAUUAUUAUCACCGUCGCGAAUGAGAAAUACCGUCGAUAGUUCGCGUUCGGUUCUACAAAAUCUGUGGUAAUUCUUUCCUACUUAGGCGGUGUGCUAAUGCUACACAUUCUAUCGAAAUUUCAUCCUUCCAUGUGAUAUUUACUCUAGUAUGAUGAUAUCGUGCAUGGUUUAUGCCGAUAAAAUUGACGGGUGUGAUGAGAGAGAGAGAGAGAGAGAGAGAGAGAGAGAGAGAGAGAGAGAGAGAGAGAGAGAGAAAAGGACCGCUUUAAAGAUAUAUGUGAUAUGAAUAGACAUGUGACCGAUGCGUCGGUAGUGUCUUAUAUUAUUAUAUGCGAAACUCUAUUAUUUAACUAAUGAAAGUUCGACUCUCGACAAAAGAACGAUCGUUCUGGUAUACACAAAUUUCUAACAACUAAAUUCUCCCUUUCCUGCCUUCCUAAUCAAUUUUUGUAAUAAGUUCAGGCGCAUUUAACGCGCGUGUCAUUGCAUAUUUUUCAUCGCCGAUUUUAUAUCUUGUCAUAAUAAUCAAUUAAUUCGAGCUUAUUUAUCUAGGAUAUUUAUUCAACUAUUUUCAAGUUGAAAAUAUUUAUUUCGAAAUGUUAAACAACUUUUUUUUCUCUUUACUACUUUGCUACUAAUGAGUCGCAUUUAAAUACGAUUCAUUGCAAAGCAUCAAGCAAUGCAAUAUAAUAUUGCAAUGCGUUAUGUAUCAUCGUAAAUCGAACAUCUUUGUCAAUUAAAAAUAUUACUGUGCGUUCAAUUAAACGAAAGAACGUUUAAUCGAAGGGCCUUUAAUUGUUUAAAAGAGGCUUACCUUUAAGAUGAGCGAUAUGCGUCUUUAUUAUUAUCUCAUCCUAUAAAAUUAUUACUGGUAACUAUAACUUUAACUUUAUAUAUACAUACAUACAUACAUACAUACAUACAUACAUACAUAUAUAUAUAUAUAUAUAUAUAUAUAUAUAUAUAUAUAUAUAUAUUAUAAAAAUGAACGAGUGUACUAUAGAUAUCUUAAUUCGUAUCGACUCCAAGAUUUCGCAAUUUUUCACUAAAUAUCGCUAUAAACUAAUCAUACAUAACGGAUACAUAACCUCACGUCUUUCCACUUACGUUUCUAAAUAUCAAAUUGAAAAUAUAUCCUGUGUGAUGAAUUUUAUUCUCUACAUUAAUAAGUAGCCUUACCGAUCUUUGUAAAAUUCACGAUUACUGCGUUUUAUAGAUUUACAAAACUAUUUAUGCUUAAUUCGAACGAUUAUAUACUCAGUAAUUUUAUCACUUCUGUGACAUGUAUGUAUUCAAUGCAAUUAUUUAAACGCAUUAUACAACUCUGCAUUUUCUUGGCUUCUCCAAUAUCUUGGAGAAUCUUUAUAAAAAUACCAUGCCAUUUUUAUCCGAAUGACGUGCGGCUAUUAAAGUUGCUUUAAAAUCUUUUCUAUUUUCUCAUAAUACGACUGAAAAUGAUUAAUAAAAGAUCUUACGUCAUUUUAUUGAAAAUUAUAUAUCACGCUUCAAACUUAUGGUUAUCAUAGGUUAUAUAUGUAUUUCACAAAAUAAGGGUACAAAACUUCCGACAAUCUACACUUUAACGAAAAUACAUUGUUAUAUCUCACACGUUUGUCUGUACAUAAUUGCGAAGCUAUUAUUAAUUUAACAUAUUAAUAUAACUCUCGAUGCUAUGUAUAUAAGCAUAUUGUUUUUUUUUUAAUAGUAUAAAUUUGCGCUUUAUGUUCCUCUUGGCUAACCGCUAGCCCUAUUCUCAAAAAUACAAUCGCACUCACAUACCUGUACCGUCAUUAUUGAUAUUUUAUGUUGAUGUUAUUAAAGAUAGAUGUAAAGAAAUUUAAUAAUAAUAAUAAUAAUAAUAAUAACAAUGAAGAAUUAAACAGAA